AUGCCGCCCAUGGCUACUGUCCUGUUUACGACGUUGGCCCUGUCUGGUGCCCUGGUCAGUGCCGUUGCUGUGCCCGAGGAGGCCAACGCGGCCUCGUUCUGUAGCUCUCCCAGCCGCGGAUAUAGCUGCUUCCCUCAAUACUCUCAGUUCUGGGGCCAGUACUCCCCUUACUUUUCGCUGGAGGGCCGCUCUGUCGUCCCCUCGACCGUCCCCGCCGGCUGCAGGAUCACCUUUGCCCAGUCCCUUCAGCGACAUGGCGCCAGGUACCCCACCAAGAGUAAGAGUGCAACCUACUCGGAACUCAUUGAACGCAUCCAGAAUGAUGCCACCGCAUUCAAAGACGAGUUUGCCUUCCUGGAAGACUACACCUACGAUCUUGGAUCCGAUGACAUGACUCCCUUUGGCGAACGCCAACUGUACGACUCUGGCAUCAAGUUCUUCCAGCGGUAUCGAUCCCUGGCCAAGGACGCCAAACCGUUCGUCCGAGCUGCUAGCUCUGAGCGGGUGGUUCUCUCGGGCCGUAAGUUUGUGGACGGCUUCAACAAGGCCAAGGGAACCGACAAGGGCGGCCUCACCCAGCUCGACCUCAUCAUCAGUGAAUCGAACCGUGGGAAGAACCCCGUUGCCCCCGGUGGCUGCGAGGCCUUCGACAAUGACGAUACCGCCGACAAAGUGAGCGAUCAGUUCCAAAGUACGUUCAUCCAGCCGAUUGUGGACCGUGUCAACAAGAAGUUACCGGGGGCCAACAUCAAAGCUGGCGACAUUAAAAGCCUUAUGGCCAUGUGCCCCUUCGACACCGUUGCCCGUACCCCGGAUGCAAGCAAACUGUCCCCCUUCUGCCGUCUCUUCUCCCACGAAGAGUUCCGUCACUACGACUACCUUGAGACACUCGGCAAGUUCUACGGCUACGGGCCCGGAAACGGCUUUGGCCCAGCCCCCGGAAUCGGCUAUGUCAACGAGCUCAUUGCAAGGCUCACCAACUCGCCGGUCCGCGACCAGACAACCGUCGACCACGAGCUUGACGACAACCCCAAGACCUUCCCUCUCGGUCUUCCUCUCUAUGCCGACUUCAGCCACGACAACAGCAUGACCGUCAUCUUCACCGCCAUGGGCCUUUUCAAUGCCACCAAGCCUCUUUCCCCCGAACAUAUCACCAACCCUGCCGAUGCGAACGGCUACUCCGCCUCCUGGACCAUUCCAUUUGGCGCCAGAGCCUACUUUGAGAAGAUGGUCUGUGACCAUUCUCCCGUAGCCAAGCAGGAAUAUGUCCGUGUUCUGCUCAACGACCUGGUUUUCCCGCUCCAGGGCUGCCAUGCCGAUAUGUACGGCCGAUGCAAACUGGAGGACUUCAUUAACGGGUUGACCUACGCUACCUCUAAUGGAAACUGGGAUCAGUGCUAG